AUGGCGCGAAUUCAUCGGGAAUGCCGAGAGCGAUCACUACCAGCUGUUCGAUUUUCCAAGCCGCUUGAUUAUUUCUCAGACAUUUCUGAUUGGUGCACGAGCUCAAAAAAAUAUUACAAUCAUCAUCGCGAUAUUGUUCGAGAUAAUAUUCGAGUCAUCAAAUCAUCGGGCCCACGAAUUGUUCCGAUUCGAACGGUUCCUCCCUUCUGCCGGCAGGUUUAUCAACAAAAUACAAGUGUUGUUCCAUUACCCAAAAUGAUGACUCGAUCAAGAUCAACUGAUCCCAAUGUGGUUGAUGACGCCACCCAAUUCAGAAACAUGUUCACGCGCGGAGACUUACACGUCCGAAUAAUUCAUUCAGGGGGUCCCGGUGAAAAACCUCGCGAAUUGCAAUGGGCCAAGGAUCCGAGUCAGAUGAAAAAUGAAACCAUUUGCGCGCUGAUUUCGAAGUUCUCAUUGGGUCUUUCCCUUUUAGAUCACCCAUAUCGAUUUGUGGCUGAAACCGGGAUCACGGACCUCUUAAUUGCGCUUCGCAAUCAAAUGAGUCUGAUUUCCGUGUUGCCACACUUGGUUCGAGGAAUUCGCGCCGGCCUUUAUUCAUUUGAUGUCGAGAAGAAGAAAUUCUGCCUGAGGACACUUUCUCGAGUCACGUCGCUUCCUGGCAUCGGUCCGCAGCUCGUCCCAUUUUAUAGACAACUUCUUCCUCCACUGAGAAGCGUAGGGCAUUCAAGAAGCCGCUCAGAUCGAGUUCAUUAUAACAGAGGUCGUCAAAUUGAAGAAAUGAUCACAAGUACUCUAAAUGACUUGGAACGCACUGGUGGACCAAACGCAUUAAUCAAUAUUAAAUACCUGUUGCCAAACUAUGAAUCAUGCAAAUAUAUGAUACUCGUCGUUUACUAUUCAAUAUUUGCAUGCAGUUUAGCGGGUGCAAGACCGCAAGAUCACGAACCAAUUCCAAUUCCAAAAGAUUCUUCUACACGGCCACAGCUUUAUAGACAUGUUCCCAGUGAUCCGCCAGCACCAUCAAAUUUGAAACCUCGCAGACGACACCGUCAUCGACAUCACUACACUCCAGAAUAUGAGAAGCAACUUCAGGAAUACGAAAUACAGAAGAAGCUUGCGGAAAGGCAACGUCAACGUCAAUAUGAUCAAUACUACCAGAAUUACUUUGAUCGGAUGAGAGCUUAUGCAAUGAAUGUGCAUAUUAAUAGAUAUCGUCAGAUUCUGCAGCAGCAGGAACUCGAGAAAGAACGAUUUGCAAAGAAUAUGGAGGAAUACGGUUUGAGGAGCGAUGAGCUCGCUGCUGUUGAGCAGGCAAAGGCAAACAUUCGCGGAGAACACGAGGAGACCCAAAAGCCUGCCAGUCCUUUUGAAGGAAUCUCCGAAAAGUCACAAAUCGAGCAACGAUCGAUAAAAGCGGAAUCGGCGAUGCCUGUUAUGGUGAAGCGACCACCUUCAGCGAUUGAGCCGAGGCCUGAAAAUAUCGACGUGCACAGAAAAGCGCUGCACUUGGAAAGCUUGUGCCACCGCUUCUUGCCAACCGUUCGAAAGCAUUGCAACACUGGAGAGAAGACUGAAAAGAAGUACGCCAGCAAAUGCAAAGGAUAUUUCCAUGAUUGCCAACGAUUCUUGCCCAAAGAAGAUCCAUUGUAUAAUAUAGCGUAUGCGUUUAAUUCAAAUGUUGGUUUGAAUCUCGGAACCUGGGAUGUCAAAGGAAUUCCGUACUACCCAAUCAACGAGGAAGGUGCUAUUGGGGCUGGCCGCCAGAUGAAUAUUCCGUUCGGAUCAUGGGGCGGAGGGUAUUCCGAUCACAUUGGAGUCAGAGACUACUGGUCACAGUAUCAAGAGAUUGGUGCCAAUUGGUAUGAGGGAAAAUAUGGAUACAAGAGACACUCAUGCGGUGGUAAGCGUCAUUUCAAUAGGCUUAACUAUUGCAUGAUCGCCAUAUUUUCGGUGUCAGUGCCUUUGAAACCCGGAGAUGCUGGAAAGCCAAUCGGAGUAGACGUCGGCGGAGGUGUCGGACCAUACUACCAGCAGAAUCAACAUGUCGGAGUGGAUCCUCUCAAUGGCCAAGUCAACACAAAUUUCGGUGUUGGUGUACCAAUGGCUGGUGUUGGAGUAAACACCGGUGUUGGUGUCAAUUUCCCUGGCGUCAACGAUAUCUUGGGACGAUAA